UGGUCAGCGCUGUCUUUUCCCGGGGCGCUAGGUGGUGACAAGUGUGGGGCAGGGACUGGGGCACUGGUUCACCCCAGCAGCAGCUCAGAACUUCCCUCCCAGCUUGGAUAGGAACCGAGGUUCCCCGGGAGACCCGGACGCCGCUGGUAUUCCAGAACUCGCUGUGCUGGCUUCCUCCGCGGGGCUUGGGGACCUGCGCUCUCGGCCUGGAAUUGUAGCCUGCAGGGCUCAGGAGGGGGCACGAGCAUGGAGCGGCUUGGGGGUCUACUCCGAAGAGCGCAAAGGUUGUCCCCAGGACCCUCUCAGACUAUCUACAAGCGUGUGGAGGGCAGCCAGCAGGGACGCCUGGAGGAAGAAGAGGAAGACGGGGAGGAGGGGGCUGAACCGCCGGCCCACUUCUUUCCCAUGGAGCUGAGAGGCCCUGAGCCCCUGGGCUCUCGACCAGCUCGGCAAAACCCUGGACUCUGGGCAGCAGCAGGACGAAGAGCAGCCCCCUACCUGGUCCUGACAGCCCUCCUGAUCUUCACUGGGGCCUUCCUCCUGGGCUAUGUGGCCUUCCGGGGGUCAUGCCAGGCAUGCGGGGAUGACGUCAUGGUGGUCAGCGAGGACGUAAAUGAUGAGCUGAGCCCAGACUCUCACCAGGGCACGUUGUACUGGAGUGACCUCCAGGCCAUGUUCCUGCGGUUCCUGGGGGAGGGGCGUCUGGAAGACACUAUCAGGCAGACCAGUCUUCGGGAAAGGGUAGCCGGGUCGGCCGGAAUGGCAGCCCUGGCUCAGGACAUUCGCGCUGAGCUCUUGCGCCAGAGGCUAGACCACGUGUGGAUGGACACGCACUACGUGGGGCUGCAGUUCCCAGAUCCGGCUCGCCCUAACACCCUGCACUGGGUUGAUGCCUCCGGGAAGCACGAGGAGCAGCUGCCACUGGAGGACCCCGACGUCUACUGCCCCUACAGCGCCACGGGUAACGCCACGGGGAAGCUGGUGUACGCCCACUACGGGCGGCCGGAGGACCUGCAGGACCUGCGGGCUCGGGGUGUGGAGCCGGCGGGGCGCCUCCUGCUGGUGCGCUUGGGAGUGAUCAACUUUGCCCAGAAGGUGGCCAGUGCCCAGGACUUUGGGGCCCAAGGAGUGCUCAUAUAUCCGGACCCGGCAGACUUCUCCCAGGGCCCGCACAAGCUCAGCCUGUCCAGUCACCGGGCUGUGUAUGGACAAGUGCACCUGGGGACGGGGGACCCCUAUACGCCUGGCUUCCCUUCCUUCAAUCAGACCCAGUUCCCUCCAGUCCAAUCCUCGGGUCUCCCAAGCAUCCCAGCCCAGCCCAUCAGUGCGGACAUUGCCUCCCUCCUUCUGAGGAAGCUUGAAGGCCCUGUGGCCCCCCAGGAAUGGCAGGGGCACCUACCAGUCUCCCCUUAUCGCCUGGGCCCUGGGCCAGGCCUGCACUUGGGGGUCAACAACCACAGGGCCUCCACGCCCAUCAGUAACAUCUUUGGCUGCAUCGAGGGCCGCUCUGAGCCAGAUCAGUAUGUGGUCAUCGGGGCCCAGAGAGAUGCGUGGGGCCCAGGAGCGGCCAAGUCCGCUGUGGGGACCGCCAUACUGCUGGAGCUGGUGCGGACCUUUUCCUCCAUGGUGAGCAAUGGUUUCCAGCCCCGCCGAAGUCUUCUCUUCAUCAGCUGGGAUGGUGGUGACUUCGGGAGUGUAGGCUCCAUGGAGUGGCUGGAGGGCUACCUCAGCGUGCUGCACCUUAAAGCCGUGGUCUAUGUGAGCCUGGACAACGCAGUGCUGGGGGAUGACAAGUUUCACGCCAAGACCAGCCCCCUUCUCAUCAGCCUCAUUGAGAACAUUCUGAAGCAGGUGGACUCUCCCAACCGCAGUGGGCAGACCCUCUACGAGCAGGUGGUGGUCACCAACCACAGCUGGGAAGCCGAGGUGAUCCGGCCACUGCCCAUGGACAGCAGCGCCUAUUCCUUCACGGCCUUUGCGGGGGUUCCUGCCGUCGAGUUCUCCUUCCUGGAGGACGGCCCGGCAUACCCGUUCCUGCACACAAAGGAUGACACCUAUGAGAACCUGCACAGGGUACUGCGGGGCCGCCUGCCCGCCGUGGCCCAGGCCGUGGCCCAGCUCGCCGGGCAGCUCCUCAUCCGGCUCAGCCACGAUCACCUGCUGCCCCUCGACUUCGGCCGCUACGGGGACGUGGUCCUCAGGCACAUCGGCAGCCUCAACGAGUUCUCUGGGGACCUCAAGGCCCGCGGGCUGACCCUCCAGUGGGUGUACUCGGCGCGGGGGGACUACAUCCGGGCGGCCGAAAAGCUGCGGAAGGAGAUCUACAGCUCGGAGGAAAGCGACGAGAGGCUGAUGCGCAUGUACAACGUGCGCAUCAUGCGGGCGCUGCUAAUCCUAGACGCUCAGGCCUUUGCUCACAGGCCCGCCAGGCUGGAGCCACCGCUGAGACGGGCCGGCAAAGUGAUGAGACACGGCGCGCCAGCCCCUUGGCUACAGUUGCCUGGCUACCGCAAUUGCAGAACUAAGACAAACCGCGCCUCCUCCGGUUCCCCACUGCCGACCCACCUCCUCCCCACAAGCAUGUCCACGGUGGUCCACAGUCUAAGAGGUGCAGGAUUAUGGCUCGGGAGGUGCAAAAAGCUUGAGAAAUUCAGAGCAUAGAGACUCCUCUUCCUUCUGGUGAGAUGGAUGAGCCCCAGAAAGGCUGCCUGGAGAAGAUGUCAUGUGAAAGUUAUACAAGAUUAUUAUUAUUCCCUUGCCAAUCCCUCUUGCUUUGAAUACUUUGCAACCUGCACCCCAUCUCCAGUUGCAACCCCUCCUCUUCCAUUUCCUUACCCCAAGAACUCAACUCUGCAACCCUUUGACCUCUAGAAUUGAGUGCAUAGGGGCUGUGGGGAAAAGGCUCUAGAGCAAAAUGCUAAGCAGGCCCAUCCUCAGUGAGUGUGGGGUGAACAGGGAACAUGCAUGCAUGCGCGAUAUGGGGAUGCUGUGUCUGGCCUUUGCAAGGUCUUGUUCUUUUUCUCCCCCCCGCCCCUUCCUUUUUCUGUCAUACUGUCUUUCUGUUCACAAACCCACCCCUCUUGCUCUUUUGUCCUGGCUCCUUUCUCUUGGAUUGGACUUGGUUUAUUCUCAUUCACAGAUCUUGCUCUAACCCCUACUGUGCCAGGCUCUAGAGACACAAAAAGACACCUCCUCCCCCUGAAGUUGCCAUGUGCCCCUCAAGAGAUAAAGGCCAUCUGGACACGAUUAGGCCAUAAGAAACAAUUCACACUCAGAGCUGGAGAGUAAAAGAUGUAGGGCUAAAAAAGGCUGGGGGAAAGAGGUAGGGCUUCAGAACCCAAAACAGGGCUGAGCCAGACCCAGAGAACUUCGUGGCUCUAAACAGGGGUUGGUAAACUACAGCCAGCAGGCCAAAUUUGGUCUGCCACCUGUUUUUGUAAAUGAAGUUUUAUUGCAACACAGCCAUGCUCACUGGUUUUCCUAUUGUGUGUGGUUGCUUGUGUGCUACAGCAGCAAAGUUGAGUAGCUGCAACAGAAACAGUAUGGCCUGCAAAGCCUAAAAUAGUUACUGUCUGGCUUUUUGCAAGAAGGAAAAAAAGUUUGCUGACCCCUGCUUUAGACUAUAAUAUAGGUCUUGAAGAACAGACAGAACUUGGGUUGGUGCCAAAAGAGGAUGUUCCAGGGUGGAGAGACCAAGAAUGAGGGCAUGGCAGUAAAACAGGUCUGGCUUCCCUUGGGGGCGGGGCGUGGACCAGCAGAGCCAGAACAGAAGCCCUGUGAAGGAGAGGAGGGGAGUGGGUUAGAGAUCAACUUUGGGGUUUGGGUUUGAGGGGUCUGGGGCAUCAAGGAAAUCUAGGAGAUUUUUAAGCAGGCAGGUGAUGUGAACAAAGUGGAAUUUUAGGAAGGUUUUGACCAGAUUGUCAUGGCUUGAACAAGGAACGAAGUUAGUAGCAGCUGAGCUUUGGGUGGGGGUGGCAAAUACCACCUGAAGUGAGACAUUUGGAAGGAAAAAUGGACAGGCUGGAGGCUUCCUUGGCAGCACAGUGGUUAGGACUCUGUGCUCCCAAUGCAAGGGGCACAGGUUUGAUCCCUGCUCAGGGACCUAAGAUCCCUGGA